GCCCACACCCACACCAUGUCAAACUUAAUUUUUUACAUUUUCCUUUUAACAGGAACAAAGAAUUGCCUGGGAAAAAUGCUUUAUAUCUUUACAUUAUCUUGAAAGUCAAUUUGAAAUGGCUUAGCAAUAGUUUCAUCAGUACAUGUACUACUCGAGACAAUACUGUUACAAUUGGGGAAGUCGAAGACUGAAAUUACUAUUCCCUUUAAAUGAUUAUUUUUGCCCAUUUGAUCAAACAUAUUUCGUUACUUCGGUUCAAUUUGAGAAAUCAAAUCAAUUUCAUUAUUUCGAUUAGUAUUCAAAGUUUUUGGCCAUUUUAAUAAAAUGAACUUGAUUAAUUAUGCUUGGUUUUUUCAGUUGAAUUUACAUGAAGUAUUUUUUAUAAAAAUCAAUACAUGUGUCCAUUUUAUAAGUAGAAAUUUCGUUUUCAUUCAUUUUUGAAUUUUCGGAGCAGUGCCAGUAAUUGUGAGAUUCCUGUGUAUCAGAACUGACAUAUCAGUACGUGGACUAGGGUGUAGUUGUUCAAUAUUACGCUUGUUCCAUAAGGAAAAGAUUAUAUGAUCUUUGAAAUAGAUAAAUUAAGUAAUUAGAUUUUUCUUCUAGUCUCGUAUAGGACUGGGGUAGUUUGAUUGGUUUACAAUUGGUUGGUACAAAUGGAAUAGGAAGUCGUUUUGCACGGGUUGUCGCUGCCAAUGGUGGAUUACCUACAGGUGAUGAGCCCAUUAGUGAAGGCUUUUUGCGGUGGCAAAAUUUUGCAUUGAAACAAACGAAGAUGGAUGUUGGUUGGAUAAUAAAACGUUCAGUUAUACGAGAAAUGAAACCAGAAGAAAUUGCUGCCUAUAAUGCUCCAUUUCUAAAGGAGAAAUAUCAAGCUGGUGCAUUAAUAUUUUCCCAGUUGGUACCAGCAACACCCAAUAAUCCUUCAUCACAAUAUAAUCGUGACGCAUGGACAAAUUUUCAACUAUUUUAUCGACCAUUUUUAACUUUAUCCUCUGAUUCGGAUCCGGUAACAGCUGGCGCGGAAAAAUUCGUACAAAUGUUGAUACCAGGUGCUAAUGGUCAAGCGCAUGCUAUAAUCACUCAAGCUGGUCAUUUUCUACAGGAAGAGAAACCACAGGAAAUUGUUGAACAUCUUAUUAAAUUUAUUAAUGAUAAUCCAUUGUCUCUCGAUUCGAAACCAUGGAUGAAGUCUGAAGGAACGAAUGCAUAA